GGCAAAUGCAACAUGCUCUCCAGCUUGGGGUGUCUACUUCUCUGUGGAAGUAUUGCACUAGCCCUGGGAAAUGCACAGAAAUUGCCAAAAGGUAAAAGGCCAAGCCUGAAAGUCCACAUCAAUACUACCAGUGACUCCAUCCUCUUGAAGUUCCUGCGUCCAAGUCCUAAUGUAAAACUGGAAGGUUUUCUCCUGGGAUAUGGCAGUAAUGUGUCACCAAACCAGUACUUCCCAAUUCCCACAGAAGGGAAAUACUCUGAGGCUAUCGUUGAUGCAGAACCUAAAUAUCUGAUAGUUGUGCGGCCUGCUUCCCCUCCAAGUCAGAAGAAGUCAUGCUCAGGUAAAGCACGUACCCGCAAGCCUCUCCAGCUGGUGGUUGGCACCCUGACCCCAAGUUCAGUCUUCUUGUCUUGGGGUUUCCUCAUCAACCCACACCAUGACUGGACAUUGCCGACUCACUGUCCUAAUGACAGGGUUUAUACAAUUCGCUAUCGAGAGAAGGAUAAGGAAAAGAAAUGGGUUUUUCAACUCUGCCCAGCCACUGAAACAAUUGUCGAAAAUCUAAAGCCCAAUACAGUUUAUGAAUUUGGAGUGAAAGAUAACAUAGAAGGUGGAAUUUGGAGUAAGAUUUUCAACCACAAGACUAUUGUUGGAAGUAAAAACAAAGUUAAUGGGAAAAUCCAGAGUACCUCUGACCAAGUCCACACAGUGCCUGCGUAUGUCCCAAGGAAGAUAAUCCCAGUAACAAUUAUCAAGCAAGUGAUUCAGAAUGUCACUCACAGGGCUUCAACUAAAUCCCCAGAUAAGAUUCCCGUUGGAGGAACAAUCCUAGUUCACCUCAUUAUUCCAGGUCUAAAUGAAACCACCAUAAAACUUCCCACAUCCAUGAUGUUUGAUAUUUCAGAUGCAAUUAAGACACCAUUAGCUAAGAAUGAAACCUUGGCAUUGCCUGCUGAAUCUAAAACACCAGAAGUAGAAAAAAUCCCAGCCCAGCCCUUAACAGUGACUCCUGAAUCAGUUCCAAGAACUAUUAAACCCACUGUGUCUAGUUCCCUAGAUACUUCAGAAACAGCACUGGUUCUUGAUGAAAGGACCCCAGAAACACUGCAAACUAUUCUAAUACCUAAGUUUGAAUUGCUGCUGAGCACUCAAGCUCCAAAGAGAUUUCCAGAAUUUCCUCAGGCAAAGACACCCUUCCCUUUUGAGAAACCUGAGGGCGCUUUGGCUUCAAGUGACAAGCCUUGGACUGUGUCUACAGCUAAAACAUCUGAAGAUUUUGAAGUUCUACCACCUGAAACUGCAACUUACGAUGUUUUCUCAAGCUCUGCAACACCAGAUGAGCAUGAAAUACCAGAGUCCCACACAGCAACAAGUUAUCCUAUUCUGGAUUCUGUCCCACCUAAAACUUCUAGAACUUUUGAACAGCCAAGGGCAACACCGGCUCCAAGUGAAUUACCAUUUGUUCCUCAAAAAGUGGAAACCUUUACCAGUCCUGAAAUGCAAACUUCAACAUCUGCUCCCUUGCAAACUACACCUAAGCGACGCCUCAGACCCAAACCUCCAAGAACCAAACUUGAAAGAACCACAAGUUCUGGAACAUUUACAUCCAAAUUUUCUAAAAGCCCUGAACCUACAGAGACAACAUUGGCUCCCAGUAAAACACAAUUCAUUUCUUUGAAACCUAAAAUCCCUCUCAUCCCAGAAGUGACACACACCAAGCCUGUCUUAGAACCUGGCACACUGGGAACCAAACCCUCAACACCACCACUAGCUCCAUCAAAGACCAAAAGGCCAGGUCGUCGCCCCCGUCCUAAAACCACACCUAGUCCAGAUGUACCCAAGUCCAAACCUGCUCUUCAGCCUGCUACGGUACAAACGGAGCUCUUGGUGCCCAUAGUCGAUUCAAAACCACCAAAGCAAUUACAUCCUAAACCCCAAAUAACCCCAAAGCCAGAUAUGCCAACAACUAAAUCCGUCUUUGAGCCUAUUGUAUUCGAAACGGAAGCUCCCUCCAUCACCAUAGUUCCUGCCACAGAUAUUGAACCUAUAACUCUGAGAACUGAGGCUCCCUGGACAACAUUAGCUCCAAAAACAUCACAACGAACAAGAACACGUCGUCCACGCCCCAAACCUAAAACCACGCCGAGCCCAGAGGCACCUCACAGCAAACUGGACUUUCAACCUGUUAUUCCUGGGACAUCUAUAGCUCAAACAACAAUGAUGACAACAACUAAGAGGCCCCGUCGCCCACGUCCCAAACCUAAAACCACACCCCAUCCAGAAUUAUCUCAGACCAAACUGGUUCCUGCCACAGUCUUUGAACCAGUUAUUCUUAGAACCGAGGCUCCAGUGACGACUGUAGUUCCUGCUACAGUCCUUGAACCUGUUACUCCUAUAAAAGAGGCUCCAGAGACAGCAUUGGUUCCUGUUACAGAUCUUGAGCCUGUUACUUUUCCAACUGAGACCUCUGGGACAACAGUAGCUACUAAAGUGUCACAAAGAACUCGUCGUCCACGUCCCAGACCUAAAACCACAGCAAGUCCUCAAGUACCUGAGAGCAAACUGGUUCCUGCGACAGUCCUUGAACCUGUCACUCUUAGACCCGAGGCCCCAGAAACGACGUUAGCUUCUAAAACAUCACAACGGACACGUCGUCCACGUCCCAGACCAAAAACCACCCCAAUUCCUGAAGCACCUGAUUACAAACCAGUACCUACUGCAGUGCUUGAACCUGGUAUGUUCAGAACUGAGACUUGGGUGACGACACAAGCUCCUAAAACAUCAAAGCGAACUCGUCGUCCACGUCCUAAAUCUAAAACCACACCAACUACUGAAGCGCCUCAAACCAGACCUGAGUUUCCUACAGAGCUUGAACCUGUCACUCUUAGAACCAAGGCUCCAGAAACAACAUUAGUUGCUAAAGCAUCACAACGAACACGUCGUCCACGUCCUAGACCUAAAAUCACCUCAAGCCCUGAAGUACCUCAGACCAAACCGGUUCCAGCUACAGGCUUUGCACCUGCUAUUCAUAGUUCUGAGACUCCAGGAACAGAAUUAGCUCCUACUGAACUGCAAACUCUUAUUUUGAAACCAGUGACAUCACCAAGCCUAGAAAUGACACAAAGUCAACCUGUUUCUGAAGUCCUGGAACCAAUUACAUUUAGCACUGAAUCAUCAAAGGAAUCUAUAGCACCGUCUGAAAGCGAUUAUGUAUAUGCCACUGCCAAAGCACCACUCAGGCCAGAGGAGCCAAAGACUGAAGCUACCAAGCAGAUACAGCGUUUUCCUCCCAAACCAAAAACAUCUCCACGUCCAAGAAUCCCACAAACACAGACAGCUCCAAAAGAUGUGCCCCUUCCCCAUCAGCCAGGCCCAGAAAUUUCUCAGAGUGAACCUGUUCUGCAACCUGUUACCUUUAGAAUUGACCUACCAGAGACAACAAUAGCUCCUUUAGAGACACGAGGCAGCCCUUUCAUGCCUAUGAUUUCACCAAGUCCUAGUCAAGAGGAACUACAAACCACUCUGGAAGAAAUAGACCAUUUCACCCAAGAACUCUUCACAACUAAGUUUCCACGGACAACUGAAUUGGCAAAGACAACUCAGGCACCACACAGACUGUACACUACUCCUGUGAGGCCCAGAACACCUGAAAAACCGCACAGACCCGUUCUGAAUAAGACAAUUACCAGGCCUGGUAGACCAAAGCCCAGUGGGACACCAAAAGGCAAUGGAAUGGAAUCAGGAAUCAAGCAAGCACCAAAGCCAUCAGGUGCUGGUAGAAAUGAGUCAGCCUUUGACUCUAUUCACUCCACCAAAAAAACAGGCACUCGGCGCCCACCCUUGCCACCUAGACCUAUACCCCCUCGAAGAAAACCGUUACCACCAAAUAAUGUCACUGGCAAGCCAGGGAGUGCAGGAGUCAUUUCAACAAGUCGAGUAACUUCCUCAACCUUGAAGGCAACAUUCAGACCUACUGGAGCCCCCUCUCAGAGAACAGAGACAGAUAAAAAGGAACCAACAGCAGCUGCCUCAGGAGAUCUUGGUAACACAACUGAUUUUAGCUCAAGCCCAACAAGAGAAACUGAUCCUCUUGGGAAGCCCAGAUUCAAAGGUCCCCACGUGAGAUAUAUCCCUAAGCCGGAAAACAGCCCCUGCUCCAUCACUGACUCUGUUAAACUGUUCCCCAAAGAGGAGGCCACAGAAGGAAACAUCACCAGCCCACCACAGAACCCACCUACCAAUCUCACUGUAGUCACUGUAGAAGGAUGCCCUUCAUUUGUCAUCUUGGACUGGGAGAAGCCCCUUAAUGAUACUGUCACUGAAUAUGAAGUUAUAUCCAGAGAAAAUGGCUCAUUCAGUGGGAAGAACAAGUCCAUUCAAAUUACAAAUCAAACCUUCUCCACAGUAGAAAACCUCAAGCCGGACACAAGCUAUGAAUUCCAAGUGAAACCCAAAAAUCCACUUGGUGAAGGCCCCGCCAGUAACACCGUGGCAUUUAGUACUGAGUCAGCUGACCCAAGAGUGAGCGAGCCAGUUUCUGCAGGAAGAGAUGCCAUCUGGACUGAAAGACCUUUUAAUUCAGACUCUUACUCAGAAUGUAAGGGCAAACAGUAUGUGAAGAGGACAUGGUAUAAAAAGUUUGUAGGAGUACAGCUGUGCAACUCUCUCAGAUACAAGAUAUAUCUGAGCGACUCCCUCACUGGAAAAUUUUAUAACAUAGGUGAUCAAAGAGGCCACGGAGAAGAUCAUUGCCAGUUUGUGGAUUCAUUUUUAGAUGGACGCACAGGACAGCAACUUACUUCUGACCAGUUACCAACGAAAGAAGGCUAUUUCAGAGCAGUUCGCCAAGAACCUGUCCAAUUUGGAGAAAUAGGUGGUCAUACCCAGAUCAAUUAUGUCCAAUGGUAUGAAUGUGGAACCACUAUUCCUGGAAAAUGGUAGAUGCUACAGUCAUGUUCCAAAGUUCUUUGUCUCAUCUUUGCCAAACAUAAUUGGAUGUUUGUCACAUUCAUUUAAGCUGUUAUGUUUACUAAUUAAUAUGUAUAAAAAGCAACAUUAGAUGUUUAUUAGAAAAGACUGCUGAGAUAUUUAUCAGGUUUUACAAAGUCAUUUUAAGAAAGCAAGAUAUUAACAGAAUAACAUUUUUUGGGAAGCUGGCUCCCUAAGACAUGGUAUUUUAAGAGAUCAUUUGUAUAUUAUUUAUCAGACUGUUGUAAUGAUGUUUUGAGAUACUUUUAUAACAAAAUUAACAUCGAAAAACUAAUAUACUUUUUAAAAGCUAUUUACUUUCGUUAAUGUGUAGUCUUUCUACUUGUGAGUUAAUUCCAUCAAUCUUUACUUGGUUUAACUUAUUAGAUCAAAUUAGCUUCAGCAUGUAUUAUCUGGAGGGGAAAGGUCCUAAGGUUUAGAUUUAUUUAAACCUCAAUUUUUAAUGAGUUGAAUAAUUUCUCUGAAGCAUUUAAGCAAUUGUGUUUAUACUGUUAUGCCAAUCAAGUUAUAUGCAGAAACUGAGCACAAAAGCCCACAAUAUUUACUGUCUUUAACUCAUCUAAAAAGGUACUUUCUUGGGCUUACCUUCCACAUGGCUUCAAUUUUAUCAAUGCUACAUAUUUGUAUUUUUCAAACAAGUAUAAACCCUGUAAUAAAGAGAUGUAGUUUUUUU